AGCAAGAGUAUUCUUAUAAUGGAAAAAUUUCUUCCGGCUUGUUUGCUAGUGGUUCUCAUGCUGGCAAUACAGCCUGCUAUCAUCGAAGGGGCCAAUAUCCUGGGCGUAUUCAACAGUCACAGUCCCUCUCAUGUGAUCGUAAACAUGGCUGUGGCUAAGACUCUGGCAGAUCGGGGUCACAACAUCACAGUGCUGACCCAGAUGAAGCCCAAGUUUCAGCCUCAUGAGAACAUAACGGUGAUUGUGGCGCUACCUACGCCCGAACGGGAGAGGAUUACUAAGGAAUACAUGGCUCGAAUGUCCAGCCAGCAGAAAUCCUCUUGGAGCUUUCUGGCCAAGCUAUUUGUGCGGUCCAGUCCAAUACUCGAUGGACAAUACGAGUGGACUCAGCAUCCCAAAGUAAAGGCCAUCUACGAGAAUCCCCAGACCAAGUAUGAUCUGGUAAUUUUGGGUCUGAUGCUCAACGAUUUCCAACUGGGCUUUGCAGCUAAACUCCGCUGUCCGGUGAUUUUAUCCUGGGUGGGAAUACCUAUGCCCUUUAUGGAUUCGCAGGUGGGAAAUAUCGAUGAUCCGGCCUAUGUUCCCAGUCUGAACGUAGCCCUCGAACCGGGGCAACUUACCAUGGGAUUUGGCAUGCGUUUCAUCAACUUCUUUAAGUAUUCUUUCCUGAAAAUUGUAGAUGUUUUUAUGAGGCAGAAGAUGAAUGACUAUUACAAUGGAGCUUUUGGCAAUGAUUCAGAUCCGGAGUUUCCUUCGUACUACGAGAUGAAGCGUCGCAUAUCCCUGCUGUUCUACAACUAUCAUGGCCCCAGCGAGGGACCCAUCCGUCCCACAGUCCCGCAAUCCAUCGAAAUUGGUGGCAUACAGGUGAAGGAGAAGCCUGAUCCUCUAGCUAAGGAUCUGGCUGAGUUUCUCGACAAUUCCACUGAGGGAGCCAUACUCUUUAGUCUCGGGACCAAUGCCAGAUUCACUGAUAUUCGUCCUCAAAUCGUAGAGGUUUUGUACAAUGUGCUUUCCAAGCUUCCUCAGCGGGUGGUCUGGAAGUGGGAGGACAUGGAGAAUACACCAGGAAAUGCAUCAAAUAUAUACUUUAGUAAAUGGCUUCCCCAGGACGACAUCCUGGCGCAUCCAAAGACUCGACUCUUCAUCACCCAUGCGGGUAAGGGUGGGAUAGCCGAGGCCCAGUUCCAUGGAGUUCCUAUGCUUGCAUUCCCGAUAUUCGGCGAUCAGCCGGGAAAUGCAGAACUUAUGGCAAAAUCAGGAUUUGGACUCCAUCUGGAUAUCCUCACUCUCACAGAGGAUGUUCUGGAGGAGACCAUUCGUGAGCUCUUGCAGAAUCCCUCUUACGCGGCGAGUGUGGGCAGAUUCUCGGCUCUAUAUCGCGAUCGUCCGCUGACCGCCCGCCAGUCGGUUGUCUACUGGACAGAGUAUGUACUCCGCCACCAGGGCGCAUAUCACCUGCAGACUCCCCGGCUCCACAUGGAUAUCGUCGCCCGCCACAAUCUGGAUGUGUACGGAACACUCGUGCUGUUUGGAUCGGUUACGCUGUUAAUACUACGCCUGGCAUUCCGAUAUGUAUUUCACAACGUUUUAGGAGCUGUGCGUGGUCUAAAGCCUAAAGAUAAGUUACGAGUCAUGACUGAGCAACGAAGCACCCUCUUGGGCUGCAGCUUGGGCGGCCUGCUGCUCGCCUUCCUGGCCCUGCAAUCCCUGCCCCAGAGCACCGAGGGAUCCAACAUUCUGGGAGUGUUCACCAGUCACAGCACAUCGCAUUUCAUUGUGCACAUGUCCAUUAUGAAAACGCUUGCCGAGAAGGGUCACAAUGUGACAGUGGUGUCGUCGGUGCCGCCGAAGGUGACCCACAAAAGCAUCAAGCACAUUGUCAUCCCACUUAGUGAAGAGGAAGAGAAGUUGAUCCACGGAGGCAUGGUGGAUAUGGUCAGGCAGAAGCCCUCCACUUGGACCACCAUGAAAUCGAUUUUCACUUCGCUUGCCGGGCUCAUAAACAAACAGGUGGAUACCCUGGAAGACAAGCGUUUCACGGAUCUCUACAAUAACAAAGACAACAAAUUCGAUAUAGUCUUUGUGGGCUUCUUUUUCAAUACGUAUCAGGUGGGACUGAGUGCCAAAUUCAAUUGCCCCUUGAUUGUUUCGUGGAUGGCUCAGCCCAUGCUUAUGGUCAACGAAAUUAUUGGAAAUCCGGAGCUGUCAAGUGUCCCUCAAAUGUCAAUAUCCGUGCCCGCAGGGAAGGCCAUGAACUUCCAGCAGCGUCUGACGAAUUUCCUCAGCAGUACCGGCUAUCGAUUCCUCGGCAAAUUCCUUCACUUCAAAUACCAGGGCUUCUAUAAACGUCUUUGGGGUGAUGACAAGAGCAUGCCCAGCCUCGAGCAGGCAAUGAAGAACGUCUCCCUGGUCUUCUGCAACAGUCAUGGCAUCAGCGAGGGUCCCAUCCGCCCGAAUGUGCCCGCCGUCAUUGAAAUCGGUGGCAUCCAAGUGAAGAGCAAGCCAGAUCCCCUGCCAGAAGAUAUCAAGCAGUUCAUGGAUAAUUCCAAAAAUGGUGUCAUCCUGUUUAGUCUUGGCUCGAAUCUCAAGGGCGAUCACUUCAAGCCUGAGGUGGUGACGACCAUCUUCAAAACUCUGUCCAGUCUGAAGCAGCAGGUGAUCUGGAAGUGGGAGGAUCUCCAGACUACUCCUGGAAAGUCUGCCAACAUAUUGUACAAGAAGUGGCUGCCCCAGGAUGAUAUCUUGGCCCAUCCCAAACUCAAGCUUUUCAUCACGCAUGCGGGCAAGGGUGGCGUGGCCGAGGCCCAGUACCAUGGAGUCCCAAUGUUGACCCUGCCCGUCUUCGCCGAUCAGCCAGGGAAUGCAGACAAAGUAGUGGAGAACGGCUAUGGCCUGCGCUUGGAGCUCAACUCCUUGGAGGCGAAGGAGUUCAAGGAGACUAUCAAAGAGAUUAUCAGCAAUCCAAAGUAUGCCCAAAAACUGGAGACCUUCUCCAAAUUGUAUCGCGAUCGUCCCCAGACGGCCCAGGAAUUGGUUGUCUACUGGACGGAGUAUGUGAUCCGUCACCAUGGCGCUCCUCACAUGCAGAGUCCUCUGGUCCACAUGAGCAUUGUCGCCAGCAACAAUCUGGAUAUUUACGCUAUCGUAAUUUUGGCAUUAUAUCUGAUCUUCCUCGUCAAUAAGAUUGUGUGGAAGUUUUUGUGGAAAAAAUGUACUGGAAAAUCGAAGAAAACAGCACAGAACAAGAAGGUUAAAAAGCAAUAAGUUUAUACUGAUAGAAUACUAAGAAUUUGAUAUUUUAAAAUAUAAAGCGAAAAAACGACAAAUAAAAUGUAAAAACGA